GAUUACAUAAUAUUUCCCUUUGAGUUCUCUCUGCCUUUGAAAGACCGGUGACCCUUUCAGCACAUUUUUCAAUCUGUUCAGCCAAGCAAGAGCUCAGAACCGUCAAAAUGGUUAGUGUCUCAUUAAUAGACCUCGGAGCUCUUCUUUGGGAGAUUUCAACGCUUCAAGCUGGGAUGGAUUGAUUAAUGAAAGUCAACUCGUCCUCUUGAAUCUCUAAUGCUGAACCUCAUUGGCGAUGAAGCUACUUGCUGGGUUGUGCACAAUUUACGCAACCCUAAGGCCAAAACUGGAGCAUCCAAGAAACCUGCUGCCGCUCCCUUCGGUAGCAAGACUACAAAGACGAAGAAGAAUCCUCUUUUCGAGGCUAGUCCCAAAAACUUCGGUAUCGGGCAGGAUGUUCAACCUCAGACUGAUCUCAGCCGGUUUGUCAAAUGGCCUGAAUACGUCCGCUUGCAGCGUCAGAAGACAAUUCUUAACCAGCGUCUCAAAGUGCCUCCCUCGAUUGCCCAAUUCAGCCACACUUUGGACAAGAACACUGCUACUCAGCUGUUCAAGCUUUUGAACAAGUACCGUCCCGAGUCGAAGGUUGAAAAGAAGGCUCGUCUCGAAGCCACUGCCGCCGCUACUGUCGAAGGCAAGGACAAAGAUGAAACUAAAAAGCCUCUCUUUGUCAAAUACGGUCUUAACCACAUUGUCGCGCUCAUCGAGGCCAAGAAGGCGGCUUUGGUCGUUAUCGCACAUGAUGUCGAUCCUAUUGAACUGGUCGUUUUCCUACCUGCCCUUUGCCGCAAGAUGGGUGUUCCCUAUGUCAUCGUGAAGGGCAAGGCCCGACUUGGUACUGUGACUCACAAAAAAACUGCUGCCGUUGUUGCUCUUCAGGAGGUCAAAUCCGAGGAUCAGCGUGAGCUGGCCACUCUUGUCAGCGCCGCUAAGGCCAAUUUCACUGACAAAUACGAGGAGCAGCGUCGACAGUGGGGUGGAGGACUCCGCGGCAACAAGUCGACUCAAAAACUUCGUAAGCGCGCUAAGGCCGCUGGUCAGAAUGCCAACGCCGCUAGCAUCGGCAAGCUCUGAGGGAUUGCUAGAUGUGGAUUGUAGUUGUACGCCCAAAUUUGCUACAUAAGCGCCUCCAAAAAAUAUGAUUCAUCUUUGUUGCGUGCAAGUGCUCGAUUCGUGUGAUCAUUCCUUACGACCUCCACAUGUGCUAGUUUGGCCGCAAGAUACUUAUCCACCUACACGGCGAACAAUCAGAGGCUCAUCCCAG